UACAAAUGAUUAUAGCCCAUUCGUUUUCACUGUUCUUCUGGUUCAUAUCUCCCAUUCAAUCCCUCCCUCCCUCCACAAAUCAUCGUCGUCCUCCCAUUUCAUCCUCAUAAAAGACGCCCCCAGAUCGCCAAAUCGCCCUGUUCUCCAUUUCUGCUCUGCUUCAUCCAUGGCUUCUGCAGCGUCCCGCACCACUUUCCAUCUUCUUCCCACCAAAUCCUCUACCACUUCUUCAACCCGCUCUGCCCUUCUUCAAUUUUCGCCCACCGCCGCUUCCUCUUCCUCAAUUCGCCUUCGCGCCGCUGCAACUCAGCGCUUAGGUUUCGCUGCCGCAGACCCACUUUUCUCCCUCCAUGUGGCUUCCAAGAUUCGGUCGUUUGGGGGCAAGGCCUCGAGGGGUGUGGUGUCCAUGGCCAAGAAGAGUGUUGGGGAUUUGACUGCGGCUGACUUGAAGGGGAAGAAAGUGUUCGUGAGGGCUGAUUUGAACGUGCCGUUGGAUGAUAAUCAGAAUAUUACUGAUGAUACUAGGAUCAGAGCUGCUAUCCCUACGAUCAAGCAUUUGAUUGAGAAGGGAGCUAAAGUGCUUUUAUCCAGCCAUCUGGGACGACCAAAAGGUGUGACUCCAAAAUACAGCUUGGCACCUCUUGUGCCUAGGCUGUCUGAACUCCUUGGCAUUGAGGUAGUGAAGGCUGAUGACUGCAUUGGUCCCGAGGUCGAAAAAUUGGUCGCUUCCCUGCCCGAGGGCGGAGUUCUUCUCCUUGAAAAUGUUAGAUUCUACAAGGAAGAAGAGAAAAAUGAGCCAGAGUUUGCAAAGAAGCUGGCUUCUCUAGCUGAUCUUUAUGUGAACGAUGCAUUUGGAACUGCCCACAGAGCUCAUGCUUCAACUGAGGGAGUCACCAAGUUUUUGAAGCCAUCCGUGGCUGGUUUCCUCUUGCAAAAGGAACUCGACUAUCUAGUGGGGGCCGUGUCAAGCCCAAAGAGACCAUUUGCUGCUAUUGUUGGUGGUUCAAAGGUCUCAUCAAAGAUCGGAGUGAUCGAGUCACUUCUAGAAAAGUGUGACAUCCUACUUCUUGGUGGUGGUAUGAUCUUUACAUUUUACAAGGCACAGGGACUUUCCGUUGGUUCGUCUCUGGUUGAAGAGGAUAAGCUAGAUCUAGCAACCACGCUCCUCGCGAAGGCCAAGGCGAAAGGAGUAUCCCUUCUACUACCAACUGAUGUCGUCAUUGCAGACAAGUUUGCUCCCGACGCAAACAGCAAGAUCGUCCCUGCAUCUGCCAUCCCUGAUGGAUGGAUGGGACUCGACAUUGGACCAGAUUCUGUAAAGACAUUCAACGAUGCUUUGGACACUACCCAAACUAUCAUCUGGAAUGGACCGAUGGGAGUGUUCGAGUUCGACAAGUUUGCAGUCGGAACGGAGGCGAUCGCUAAGAAACUCGCGGAGCUCAGUGGAAAGGGGGUGACGACCAUCAUCGGCGGUGGAGACUCGGUUGCAGCUGUGGAGAAGGUAGGAGUUGCGAGCGUCAUGAGCCACAUUUCGACUGGAGGUGGUGCUAGUUUGGAGUUGUUGGAAGGCAAAGAACUUCCCGGCGUCCUUGCUCUUGAUGAGGCCGUACCCGUUGCCGUGUAGGUGAUCGGUAUGGAUUAUUCGUUUACAUUUUUUUCGCCUCCCAUCUCAAUUGAAUGCUUAAAUUGCAAUGUGUAACAGAGAAAUAUAUUGUUGUAGAGAAGAUGAGUUUUUGUAGUUUAAGUGGUAACUUGAACUGUUGCUCCCUUUCUGUCUCUGCAUUUGAAUUCCUCUUUGGCUGCUGGGAACAGACUAUAGGGAUAACCACUGUUUUAAAAGUUGUAAUAAAUUUGUGCAUGAACGUCCAUUUUCC